AUGUUCAUCAUCGCCCCCAAGAAAAAAGUCAUCAGACCAGCAACCACGGCGCCACCACGUCAAGAACCGCAGGCGGUCACGCCGCCCGCGCCCGAAAAUGGCGACGAAAGAGGACCGACCCGAGCAGCAGCUGCGUGCGACUCUUGCCGCUCGAAGAAGAUAAAGUGCAACGGCCAGCGACCAUGCGCCAAAUGCCAGCAAAAGGGUGUUAUCUGCGCUUACUCGAGACCUGUUCAGCGGGAAACACAAGUUUCUGCCAGUCAAGUCGCUGUCUUGCGCAGUCAGCAAAGGCGACUUUGUACCGCUGUCCAAAGGAUGGCCUCCACGAUCGCGCGCUAUGAGGAAGGCGUAGAGCGGAGUCCAGACUCUUUCGAGAUCUCACAGCUUCUGGAAAAGUUUGCACCCGAAUCUUUUGACGAGGGACUGUCUGGGUCAUCCAAGAGGCCUGCUGAGUAUCAAUUGACCCCAGAUCCAUCAACUACUCGAAUGCCUCGCCUGGAUAACGCGGCGCCCAACAACAAUAUGCUGGGAUCUCCAGCAUAUGGCCGAACGAAUCCUACGGAAAUGCCCUUCGAGCUUCAGCCUGCGCCUGGCUGGUCAGGAUCUCCUGAACAGUGGAACGAGCAGUACCAAACCAUGAUGCAAUUCCUGCAGACCUAUAGUGCAUCGUCCGGCGGAAACUCUGUACCUUCCAUGGGCGCCUCAGGUAUUCGAUCAGACUCAGGCAACUCGACUCAGCAGCUCAUGCAGCUUGUCGACUGGAAUAGCAGUCUUCAGAACCUGAGAGCUUCUGCCAACCCGCCGCCUCCGUCGGAUCCCGCGCAAUUUCUCGAUCCCGCUCUGGGUGGCAGCACGAACGAUGGAGCAUCUCAUUCAAACAUAGAUCCAGCAUUAGGGAACGGUGCCUCCUAG